AUUGUCUCUUACAUCCCUGCGCGUCUCAAACUGGAUCUUUUUUUUGUCUUUUCUUUUGUUGCAUCUCUUACAUUAUCACUGACAUAUUUAUUGCAUUUAUCGAUUAUUCCCUGAGAUUUUUUGUAAAGAAAUGAGCGGUGCUGCAGCAGAUGGAAUUGACGAUAGAGAUAUUCCAAAGCAAGAAUUUUUGGAUGCAGCAUUCAACGGAGACAUUGAUAAAAUCGACGGUUUGCUACGGGAUAAAAAAGUUCAUAUCGAUUCAGUAGAUGAUGACCAAGUUACGGCUCUACAUAUUGCAGCAGCUAUGGGUAAUAAUAAAUUAGUUGUUCGUCUUCUUGACUAUGGUGCAAACAUCCACGCGGUCAAUCAUUUGGGCAUGACAGCUUAUCAUUAUGCAGCUCGGGAAGGGAAGCUAGCUGUUUUGGAUACACUCAUGCAACGUGGAGCAUCAAAAAAUCAGACAACAGCCCUUGGAGUAACUGCAUUAACACUUGCAUGUGCGGGCGGCCAUGCUGAUGUCGUUCGAAGACUUAUCAGAAUAUCAAAUGAAACUCCACGUUCAAAACAAUCGUUGGCACCAACUCCUCUUAUUGUAGCAACUUGUAGUAAAUCUCCACAGAUUUGUAGUUACUUGGCUGAUUUCCGUGUUAAUUUAGAUGAAUCGAUGAAAAAUCUGGGAAAUCUGACAGCAUUAUCAAUGGCAAUAGUAUGUACUCCAGGAGUUUAUAUGGUUCGAACUUUGAUUGAUCUUGGUGCAAGUGUCAACAAAAAGGGACUAGGUGAUAAAACAGCAGAGGAACUUGCAAUAAUGCUUAACAGAAAGGAUCUUAUACAUUUUUUCAAUGAGAAGAAAUCUUAUCGAAGUAGAAUGAAUGCUGAUAGUGAUGUACGAAAAGAAAUAAAAAAUGACCACAUAAUCGAAAGAGAGCUGGGUGCACCGGCUCAAAAUGGAGUGUCUCCACUUAUGUACGCAACCACUGUUCGCAGUAUUAAUUCGGCGAAACAUCUUGUUCUGCAUCGAGAUUCAGAUGUGAAUAUGAGAGAUAACUUGCAUAUAACAUCAUUACAAAUUGCAAGUCUUCUUAGAGUUGACGAUAUUAUACCACUUUUAUUGCAACGGAGAGCCGAUGUUACGGUUGUUAAUAAAUACGGGUCGACGGCAUAUGAUCUGUUUUUACUGUCUUGUGAUUUUCUAGAGCCUGGACAACUGCGUGGCCAGCUUCAUUGCCAUCGCCCGAUUGACUCAAAAUCAAAUUUGAAUAGCUCCUCUUCCAACAUUUAUAAAGCCCUCCGGUCACAAGGUAUUCUAACAAAGGUGGGCUCUCAAAUUGGUAUAAACUCAGCAAAAAUCGAAUUAAUUGAGCCGAAACAUUGGCUCGCGGCAAAAACCAAAUACCAACCGGCUAAACUCAGAAAUAACUAUAAAUUUGCAUCCGUAGAAGAUAUUUUAAAAUCUUGCAAAGUUGCAAAACGUCCAGAAACGAAUGAAUGUGAUAACGAAACUGAAGCAAUCAGGGAGUAUAUGGAGGAAUGCCAAAGUUUUGCUGUCUUUUGUUUUUCUGAUUUCUAUGGAGAACGAGAAAAUAACAAAGCUACAAUUCCCGAUUACUACGAUAAAGCUCAAGAUAAUGCAAAACGUUAUGCAUAUCUAAGAAUGGACGGUUUGGAUAAAAAAAAUAGUGGAAGACAAGAAAAUGUUUCGAAAUUAAUCCCAGUUCGUCCACGAAAAGAUAGUAUUGAAAGAGAAUACAGAAAACCUCGUAAUAUUGCAUUGGUAGAUUCACCAUCUCAAAGUCAAAUGAGGACAACUCCAAGAAUGCUUAAAAAGAGAGAUACUGACUAUUUUUCUGCUCAAGCUGGAAGAGCACGUGCUUCUUCAACUAGUUUGCAAGUUCCAACUGUAACGGUUACAAGGCAGAGGCACGUAACUUCUCCAGUAAUCGAAGAUAUGAUAUGGAAUCAUUUUGUUCGUCGUGGGAAGAAUGAACUGAUGCGUGUACUGCAAGCAGCUGAAAUUGAUAAACACAGUUUCUUCUCGCUACAACAAAAAGAUCUUGAAGCAAUGAACAGUUACACUCCCGAGAAUAUGAAGCUUAUUGAGGAUAUUCAAACUGCAAUUCUUAGCCGAUCACUGUAGAUUUCAGUAAACGCCAUUAAUUCUAAUAAAGCUUUCUAUAAUUCCGUAAA